AUGGCCGCCUCCGGGGUUGGGUCGUACUCGAACCCCUUGAAGAAGUUCAAAAACUUAGGUUGGUGUUUCUCGGCGAACAGAGUGGUAAGCACUUCAUAUCCAGACCUGGGCUCGAUGCGCCUUGGUCGACGAGAUACAAUGAAAUGCUCGGAUCUAACUCGAACCCCAGUCGGUAAAACCUCAUUGAUCACUCGCUUCAUGUACGACUCUUUCGACAACACAUAUCAGGCCACUAUUGGUAUCGACUUUUUGUCCAAGACUAUGUACCUCGAGGAUCGAACCGUCCGUCUACAGCUUUGGGAUACCGCUGGCCAGGAGCGCUUCCGCUCUCUGAUUCCUUCCUACAUCCGAGACUCGAGCGUCGCCGUUGUGGUUUACGAUAUCUCGAAUGCGAAGUCCUUCCAAAACACCCGCAAAUGGAUCGACGAUGUGCGCGGGGAGCGUGGCAGCGAUGUGAUCAUUGUCCUCGUUGGCAACAAGACCGAUUUGAACGAUAAGCGCGAAGUCACCACGGCACAGGGUGAAGAAGAGGCAAAGAAGAACGGAUUAAUGUUCAUCGAGACCAGUGCGAAGGUCGGGCAUAAUGUCAAGCAGCUGUUCCGGAGAAUCGCUCAGGCUCUACCAGGGAUGGAAGGCGAGGCCAAGCAGGGAGAGAGCACAAUGAUUGAUGUGAAUAUCAACCCCAAGGAGACCACCAACAACGACGGCUGCGCCUGUUGA